AUGCGCAUGAUCGGCCAUCCAACCAGGAUUGCUGGCCAGAGACACUCUGAUAGCAAAGUUAGUCACUUGAUUGAAAGAAUGAAGGAAGAAAUUCCAAGAGAAGUUUACAAGGACUCAGAAGACCGGUUCCGAACGUGGCACUUCCCUUUCCAUGAUUUUACUCUCAUGAUCCUAUGGUCCAAAUUCCUGAUAAAAGGCAAGGAGAGAGUGAUCAACGGUUCAAACACUGGCAUUUUUGACUUACAACUUGACAGAAUCGAUGACAAAUGGGCCCAAAAACUUCCCAACAUAGACUAUGCCAUCAUUUCAGAUGCGCACUGGUUCUUCAGAAAACUUUACCUAUACGAAGGCAAUAAUUUAAUAGGUUGUGUGUAUUGCAAUGAACCAAAUGUCACUGAUCAUGGUCUCGGCUUUGCCCUACGAAUGUCCUUCCGUGCAGCCCUCAAUCACAUCGAUCAAUGCGGAGAGUGCAGGAGCAAGAUGGUAACUUUGUUGAGGACUUUUUCACCGGCCCAUUUUGAGAAUGGGGCAUGGGACACCGGAGGAAGGUGUAAUAGGACUAGUCCUUUGGCCGGGGAUGGGGUGAAAUUAGGAGGUGUUGACUUGGAACUUAGAAGAAUUCAAUUGGAAGAGGUUGAAAGGGCAAAGAAGAGAGGGGAGAGGCGAGGAAAGAAAUUUGGAGCGUUGGAUGUGACGGGGGCAAUGAUGGUGAGGCCUGAUGGACACCCGGGAUCUCACUGGGGGAAUAAAUGGAUGAAGGGUUACGAUGAUUGUGUUCAUUGGUGCUUGCCUGGACCUAUUGAUGCUUGGAAUGAUUUUUUGAUGGCUGUGCUAAAAAAGGAGGCUGGUUUAUUGGUAUAAACUUAUAGUCAACAUUCUUGCACAUAUUCCUACAUGAUCUAUACAUAGUCCUGAAAGCUGAGAGAAUUUUUAAUUUUAUUUUUUGGAGCUAAAUAUUGAUAUAUGCUUGUUAUAUUCCAUUACAAAAUAAAGAGGUUUGUACACAUUUUAACGCAAUUCAUCUUAUAAUAUUGUGAAGUUUCUCUGAAAUUAA